UCUUAACACCAAAACUACUUCUUCCAUCUAUGUCAAGAAAAGAAGAUCACACGGGAGAUGUAUAUUGAAAAGUCCGUUGUUAUUUUGAUUCUGAUCGCUAUUUUUGGGAUCAUCGAAGCUAGAAGAAGUAGAGGUAGGAGUAGAACUAAAUCUAAAUUUCAAAUUGGUCUACCCAUCACUGGAAAAUACAGGGAUCCCGAAUCUGAUCAAUAUUAUAACAAUAAUAACGGAGCAAAAAUAACGUUGGCUUCACAUUUCGACUAUGAAUACGUACUGGGACAUAAAAUAGCAUUUUUAUGUGUAGCUAGAGGCAACCCUCGGCCGCAUAUUACUUGGUACAAAGAUGGCAGCGAAAUAUUCACACACCAAUACUUGCAUAUACACGAAUGGCAAAUGGGAAGGGACAAAAUAAAAAGCAAAUUAGAAAUAGAUCCAGCAACUCAAAUGGAUGCAGGUGUAUACGAAUGUACGGCGGAUAAUAUGUAUUCCAUAGACAGAAGGUCGUUCAAAACUGAUUUCAGCAUUGCUUUCGAUUAAUAUAUUUAUUACUUCAAGUAGAAUAUUCAAUUUUACAUACAGAAAAUAUAUACUGUAUAAAAAUAAUUUUGUGUAUUCAUUAUUUCACAGAGGGCACAUAUUAUAUUUAAAGAUCAGAUCAUCAACUUCACUUAAAAUACGAAGGCUGUUUUUUUUCAACCUCCGAUCGCUUUGUGCAGACGCUACGCGUGCAGAAGGAAGCGGGCAUGCGCUGUAGGCGACUGCGAAGCUCUCGCACUAAACACUCCACCAUUGUUGACAUUCAGGCGUCAGUCGGCGUUGUGCUACAACCGCGUAAACAUGCGAAGAAAACCUCAGAUUCACCAUUACUGAUUUGUCUAAGGAAUUUAUAGAAGUUUCAAGAUCUGUUUUAUACUCUACACUGUUACUAAACGGUUAGGCUACAUUGGCGGCAACUUUCUUUAAAGAGGGUAUUGAAAAGUUUGUCCAAAGAUAUGACAAAUGUCUCAAUCUCUUCGGUGAUUAUGUCGAAAAGUAACCAUAAAUGUACCAACCUAUUGGUAAUAAAAUUAUUGUUUUAUAUGAA